CUGACAGCAAGAAUAUUUACGACAACCAUAUGCUUGUUUUAACAAAAAAGAAAUACAUUAUUAUAAUCUAGUCUAGAAUUGACACAGAAUUAAAUUUGGGAUUUUCUCAAAAUUUGAUGUGCAGUCCAUACCCCUGAAUUAAUGGCAGUGUUUUACGUUGUGGUAUGACUAUACAAGCUCAAUGACUCUUUCAUGGCGCUUGCAAAUCUAAAGUCAAACAAGUCAUUAUCUAAUGAUGUUGAAAAUGCAAUUCAGUUAUUAGAAGAGCUUAGUAAAAAACUAGACCUGCCAGGGCGUAAACUUGAGAAUUUAAAAACAGUUUUAGAAAGUACUUUUUGUCGAUCUGUUAUAGAGGUAUAUGAGAAUGUUUAUCAAACAGUUGAUUUCAAUACCAAUGAAGAAGUUCGUGCAAGUGCUACUGCAAAAGCUACUGUUGCAGCAUUUGCUGCUAGUGAAGGUUAUUCUCAUCCAAGAGUUGUAGAAAUUCCAAAAACUGAGGAAGGUUUGGGUUUUAAUGUAAUGGGUGGACGUGAACAGAAUUCUCCAAUAUAUAUAUCAAGAAUCAUUCCUGGUGGUGUUGCGGAUAGACAUGGAGGAUUAAAAAGAGGAGAUCAGUUGCUUGCUGUUAAUGGUGUAAAUGUGGAAGGAGAAAACCAUGAACGAGCUGUUGAUCUUUUAAAAGCAGCAAAAGGAAUUGUUAAACUGGUAGUAAAAUACACACCAAGAGGGCAUUUGUUAUUUUCCACAUAUUUGCAAGGCGAGGAAAAAAGCAGAAAAGAAUAUAACGAAAAAAAAAAAAUUUUGUAUACAAUUUUUCUCAACUUUUUUUAGUCAAUAUAUUAAGGAAAUACUUAAUCAUUUGCGUUAAAAACUUUUUAAAUUUCUUUUUCAAAUGUUUUUGCUAAACUUUACUGUUUUUGUCAAUGCACAAAAAAGCGAGAAGACUAAUUGCUAUUUAUUUUAGAAAUUUUUUUUUUUAAAAAAAAAAAAGUUUUUCAUGUAAAGAAAUAAAAAGAAUAAUAUCAUUAAUACUCAUACUUAAAUAUAAAAUAUUUGGUUGUUUUCAAUACCUUCAUUAAAAUAGUCUGCACUUUUGUUGGAUUAUCCAUAUUGUGCAUUUAAACCCGAUAGUUUUUUUCCUGAUGAACUAUUGUUAUUGACGACGCUUCAAAAGCUUGUGGGCUUGUGCAUUGUUAAUUUACAGAAUUUUUUUAACAAAAUUUUAAUAGGAGUCUAUUAUAUAUUUAAAACUGUUUUUUAAAGUUUUUUCAAACAGAGCAAUUGUUAUGUUGAUUAUCUCUUGUAAUUUGUAUUAAUGUUGGAAACAGACAAUAUAAAAGAAACAAUAUCAGACAUGCAUUAAAUUUGGUAAAUACAUUUAUAAAGAAACCA